UCUAUCUAUCUAUCUAUCUAUCUAUUUAUCUAUUCAAAAAUUUCGUACAAUCCGUUGCUAUGUUUCACGCAAGCGUUCGCGUAUGUACGAAAUUUGUUAUUUAAAAAAUCUUUUCUUUUCUUUAUCCUUUUCUUUAUUCUUUCUCUUGUCGUUCUCCUCAUCAACCGUUUCACGCGUCUUCGUCUUCAUUGAAAACUCUGUUUUGGAAAUCUAACGUGAGAUUAGAAAACGGAGUUCUGAUAUAACUUGCUAAAGCGAGACAAAUAAGAUGAGUUCUCGGAAGAUUUGUAUUUCGCGCUUCGCGCAAUUUCUCCUGAUAGUUUGCUGUUUGUUAGAGUUAUCGAUGAAAGCUUGCAACGCAACAGAAUCGAACGUAACACGAUCCAUCUUGGACGACGAAGACGAUGAGGGUGAAAGUGAAGAGGAAAUUACAUUUGCUGAAUUUAAAGAAAGAUAUAGAAGACUUAUACCGUACAUGGCCUUUUACGCAGCUAACAAUAAUCUAAACGUACAAUCAAUAAUACCUGGAAAGAAUUUUGUCAACGUGCCAUCGAACGACGGAGUUACGUCAUCAAGAAGAUCGCAACAGUAUCAACCCUCUUACUCUCGAACCAACGUCGGCACCAGAAACAACAUUCUAAACAAUUACAGAACCAACAACGUUCAGAAUCAAUUGAGAAAAUUUGUCCCGUCCGUCCAAUACGAUCCAAACGAUAUUAACGGCGAUACAGAUUAUUUCAUACCGAUAAGAUACAAUACAAAGGUAAAUCACCUUGAUUAUUAUUCAUCAUCCACGUAUAAUCCGUAUCAAGAUCAAAAACAAUCACAUGCAGAAGUAACGAACACUAACACAGACGAGAACAUACAAAAGGAUGAUCGUCGAUACGGUAGACCUAUUCGACCCUAUCUUUCAACAGGCAAUACAAGAGAAUACGUUAACAGGAAUCAAGGGUUGAAACCUAUCCAAACGAAUUACCCUCAAGAUUACGUGUACGAUCACGUAAGUGGUUCAUCGUCAAAAGGAAAACCUAUCGUUGAUAUUAAUUAUCCUAGUGAAGACGUCGAGUCUCUUCGAUAUAUUCCCCAGCCAGUAAUAUCGAAAGGUACCCAACAAACCAUAAACGUUCUUGAUACUCCUCCUCCUCCUCCUCCUCCUCCUCUUCCUCCUCCUUCUCCUCUUCUUUCUCAUGUUCCUAUUAAUGGAAGACAACCGGUCAACGUUACACCACAGAGGAAUUUAAAUUUUGUUAAUUUAAAUCCAAUAAUCGAAAGUUUUCAAUUAACCGAACGCCUACCCGAAACACUGGAUAAAAAUAAUUUGGACAACAGUAUAAAAACGCUCAUUGAAAUACUCAACAUUCUUCACAAAGCGAAAAUAGAGGAAUUCCCACAAUUGCCUCAACCAUCCGUUGUUACUACUAGACCGAUUCAAAGACCCUCUAAUUAUUACCAGAAAUUACGUACAAAUACACGACCGAAAGUAAUUACGGAAUCUAGGUUCCCAGCGGUCCCAACGUCUUUGUUAAUACCGGAUGAUCCGGACCGUUUAAAACCGACAUCUUCUUACGUGAACGAAGUCAAAGCUAAAGUGAUUGUUAAACCUGUUGCUUACACGGUUGACGAUUUCAAAUCGACUCCUUCCUACAAGGACAACGAAUUUCGUCUAGUUACACCUAAGUUACCCGUGCAAUCGAGUUACCCUAUUACGGAUGAAAACAAUGAUAAGAAACUCGUACAUUUUCAAACGGCUUAUACACCCCAAGAUAUCUCUCAACAAAAUCAUAACAAUAAAAAUCCAUUGGAAAUAUCGACUCAACAUUCUUACGAAAUCACCGAAGAUCUUAGCGACGAUAUAAUAGAUCCAAGUCGUUUUACAAUACCGCAAAUAAUUACUGAGACAACGACGGUGUCCAAUCAAAAACAAAAUGUCGUCGAACAAAACGAAAUUUCUACUUCUCGGCCAACCAUUAAUCAUCCGUCCUUGAAAUAUGGUGUCACUCGUGGCAAACCAAACGUCGAUUAUCCGGCUUACGCUGUUAUUCCGGAAACCGAAUUCAGUUGUAAGAAGCAACGUUACAAAGGAUUUUUCGGUGAUCCAUCGACCGGUUGUCAGGUAUGGCAUUACUGCGACCUUAAUGGCGGCAAAUCGUCAUUCCUGUGCCCGAACGGUACCAUCUUCAGUCAGGUUGCAUUGACUUGCGAUUGGUGGUUCAAUGUCAAGUGCGAAUCUACGACUCAAUUGUACGUUCUCAACGAACGUCUAUACAAAUAUAUCCUUCCGAUAAUGCCGAAAUUCCCGGAAGACUUUACCGGUCCGGAGGUCGAUCGAUAUUUAGAGAUCAAAUUCAAGGAAAUGGAAGCUAAGCUAAAAGAAAAAAAAUUAAAGAAACAACAGGAGAGAAAGGACAAGGCCAAGGGCAAACCGAUCGACGAUAACAAUAAUAAAAAUCGUGAAUAAUUUUUAAUUGCGAAUGGAAAAUUAAAUUAUAUCGAUUAUGCUCUUUUUUUAAACGUAUAUUAUAUACGUGUAUUAUAUAU